AUGAUAAAGGCUCUCAUCCAAGACGGGUACACUUGCACAAGUAAUAACCACAUCGCAAAGGACUGCGAUUCGAAGGCAAUGACGAUGGGCAAGGUGUAUGAUCCCGUCCACGACGUCUUUCAAGAUCAAGCGGAUGCAGAUAUGAAGCCUGGUUUGGAAGAUUCUGAUUCAAAGGCACCUGCGGCAGGUGGUAACGUAAGUGAUGGUAGAAUCGUUGGUGAAGAAGUAAAUGCGGAAUCUGGUGAUGACAGUACUGAAAGUGAGGAUAAUACCAACAUACUGUCAAAUUUUGGACCGUCAAUGGUACCUUCGGUGACAACUAAUAAAAAGAAGAUGAAAGAAUCGAGCAAGUACAAUCGACAUCUAAAGAAACCUGACGGUGAGUUCUUCAGUAGGGGUGAUUUACAAUUCUGUUUCCUCAGAGAACUGUUAGCAGAUGAAAGAAAGCUGUUCCGAAACAUCUAUAAAGAUGUAUUUGCCAAAUCGAUUGUACCUGUGCCUCCACCUAUUCCCGGUAAGACAUUAAAUGUAACAGAUCCAGAAUACGAUGCCAAGACGUUUGUAUUUGAUGAUCAUUUGACCUUCUCACAGCUAUACGUUUUGACGUUAGCUAGCUCUACCAAAUGUUCUAAAGUGCUCAGAGACAAAUUAUUGUUUGACCAACAAGUCGCAUUUUCCACUUGCAUAUUGGGUAUUUUGGUUAAUAUCGGUAGACUAAACACUACCAUUAAUUUCUAUUUGGAAAUGACAUCUCAAUUGAGAACUUUCCACAGUGUUCCUUGUCUACAGUACCAUAGCACUGAUUCCAAAUCAUUACAAGAUACACCUAGGCUGAAAUCCAUUCUUAAGAGUUUACCGGUAGGUAACAAACCAUUGGAUCUUUCACGAAUGUAUGAGACACCAGAAGCCUCUAAAACUGUAGAAGAUCCCUUAAAUCUGGUUAACCUUCUAUUCACAAUGUGUGACAAUGUUACUUUGGUCAAUUUAAAGCUUAUUCACAGGUGGGUCGAAACGAGAGGUGAGCCAAUUUCUCUGUUUAAUAUCCUUGAUUGCCCCGGUUACGAACCUAAGGAUCGUUGUAAUGUAAUACUCUGGUUAAUUUACAUCCAUUUGGAGACUGAUAUGUCAGAGGAGUCAGUGGCAAAUGCAGUCAAAGUUUUUACACCAAAUGAACGUAUACCAUUAGAACCUACAGACAAGGAUUACGAUGAGGAUCCACAAGAUGAAUACCAAUUCGGAUUAGAUCAAAAGGCUAAAAGAAAGGUGUUUUUACAAAGGAUUAGAUCUGGUGAAAUGCCAUUACAACAAGAGGGACAUGAACAGGGUGAACAGGAAUCACAACAGACACAGUCACAAACUCAUGCACAAACUCAUGCACAAGCAUCAUCCAAAAAGCAGCAAAGGGAUUUGAAAUCACCAACUAUGGAAACUGUUAAGUCAGAAUCACAGUUGCCAGAAACGGCUGCAUCCACUGAAGUCCAAGAUGCUCAAGGAGAACUACAAGAACCUACUCAAGAUCCUUCUGAUGAGAACACAGCACCCAAUAAUACGAGUGAUACUAAGCAGGACACUACUAAACGUCGAAAGCCACGCCCACGUAAGCGUCCCAAUAGUGCUUCUAACGUCAAGAAAGAAUCCAAGGCACCAGCCCCUAAAAGACGGAAGACAGAACCACCAGAAGAUCGUCGAAAUCAUAACGACCAACCAGAGUCGGAAGAUCGUAUAGAUCAAAUGAUAUCAGCAGAUAAAGCUAAAUUGGUUGGUAUACCUAAUGGAGAAUCGAAAACACAGGAUCAAUUUAUUACUGAUUUACGCAAUGCACAUAUGCCAGUAGCCAACAAAAGACAUGAUUUAGGUUUAGUCAAAAUCUUUAGCGAAUAUGAAGAUAUACCGAUGGCUUCAGUAAUAGGCAUUAGAGGUAAGAAACGUAGGAAGUUUAGAGACGGUAUGCUUGGUUUUGAGACGGAUUAUUUACGAAAUUUUGCAGCUGCUAAAAAAAUCAUGUUGCACAAGGAUCCAAAGAACUAUCUAUUCGAACCAUUCCAUCUUUAA